AUGGCAAGCCUGGGCUUGGUGAGGAUUCUUCUUCUCAUGCAUUCAGCAGUUACAGUUGUUUUGUUGUUUUCUGUUGAGUUCAGGAAGUUGGUUAAGUUAUAUGUUCACUCUAUAGUCACCGUACAAGUAUUUCUAGAGUUCUGCAGUGUGUGGUGGGGCACUGUGCUCUGUGUCUUCUACUGUGUGAAGAUCACCAACUACAGCAACAGAUUAUUCAUAAAACUCAAGAUGAGAAUCUCUGGGAUGGUCCCCUGGCUUCUUCUGGGGUCCAUGGUGGUGUCACUUUUUUCUAGUCUUCCAUAUGGAUGGUGUGUCUAUUCACUUCACAAGGUCAAUUCCACCCAAAUUUACAACGGAACAAGCAGAGAAGAUAUAAUUGUACACACAAACCAUGUCCGUGUACAAAUUAUCGUUGUUUCUGGAUUUUUUGUUCCAUUUCUCAUCUUUUGUGUAGCCAACUUCUUUUUGGUGGUACCACUCGUCAAGCACACCCGAAAUAUGAGCAAUACUAACACUGGAUUUACAAAAGAUCAACUUGAUGUCUAUUUAAACGCUAUUAGGAAUAUGUUUUCAUGUUUAAUCUUUUAUAUCCUCUAUUUUAUCAAUAGAAUGUUGAUGCCCUUAAGUGUGCAGCUAAACAACAAUUUUUUUUCUUUAGUAUGCUGUUUUUUCCUGGUUGCCUACCCAAGCCUGCACUCUGUUUUAUUAAUCAUCAGUAACAUAAAACUGAAACAAUCCAUUAUUGAUGCUCUCCACUGCCUAAAAUAG